UUAUACACGAGAACACGAGAGUAUACUUACAAUGUGACUGCCCCCCUAACUCUUCUUGAGAAAAACCAAAGCCUAAAUGUACUGCGCAAGCUUCCUGGCUGUUUCUACUCUCUUGAUUUCAUUCUGACUUGAUUCCUUCUUUUAUCUGGUUUUUGUAAUUGGUGAAUUUGGGAUUACGAUUGAUAUUUUGAUUAUUGACGAAUUGGGAAUCGGAUGAGUAUCGGCUUCAAUUCUUGUAACUUAUAAUGUUGGUUCCCCCAUUUCCUCACAUAGCUGGAUCUGCCACUGAUCUAGUGAAGAGUCACCUGUUGUCUGAUGCUGUUAUUCCUUAUGCUUCGAUCGUUGCUGGCAUAUUAGUUUGUAAAGUGGUCUAUAAUUUUACCCAGUUGUUUGGUGCCUUGUACUUCAAGAGCUAUGCUGGCCUUAACAGAGUACAAAGGAUUGAGUGGAGCAAUCGUGGCAUCUCUACGGUCCAUGCCCUUUUUAUUGCAGCUAUGUCUUUGUAUUUUGUUUUCUGGUCGGACUUGUAUGCUGACUAUCAAACAAAUGGCUUCGUCACAUUUCGCAGCUCAGCACUUUCAACGUUUACUCUAGGAGUGUCUGUGGGCUACUUUAUUGCAGACCUUGCAAUGAUCAUGUGGCUUUAUCCUUCUUUGGGUGGAAUGGAGUACGUUAUACACCACUCUCUUUCUGGAAUUGCUGUUGCUUAUGCUAUGUUCUCUGGGGAAGGACAACUUUAUACUUUCAUGGUCCUCAUUUCUGAAGUGACAACACCUGAAAUUAAUAUGCGUUGGUUUCUAGAUACUGUUGGAUUGAAGCGAUCCCAUGCAUAUCUUAUUAACGGAAUCGUGAUUUUUUUUGCUUGGUUGGUGGCAAGAAUUCUGCUUUUCGUUUACAUGUUCUAUCAUGUGUACUUGCAUUAUGAUCAGGUUAUGCAAAUGCACGCGUUUGGUUUUCUUUUGGUAUUUGUCGUGCCCUCUGUGCUCGCUGCAAUGAACUUGAUGUGGUUUGGGAAGAUACUGAAAGGAUUAAAAAAGACUUUAGCUAAGAAGCAAUGAUGGAGUCCAUAUUGCAGUCAAUCUUUUUAGUCCGUGUAAAAUGGUAAGUCGGAACGUCUGGAGAAAGUAAAAGGAAAUUCUGAGUAACUUGACUUACGAUAGGAUUCUUUUGUACAUAGUUGAACCUUGGAACCACAGAUACUGUGUACAACAUCAAAUUAACAGUUUAAGUUACACCCAAUAUCUAUAAAUAUCUAUUUUUCUGUUGUACAUGUUCAAAUCCAUAUUUCAUUGAUGAUUAUGUGAUGAAUCUUAUUAAUUUUGUGUAUUCUUAUGUUAGUUUUCCUGCUGCUGAUCGUUUUGUGAGCAAGUCGGGAUAGAAAAGCGAAGGUUGAGUAGGUCUAUGUUAUCGACCUCAUUUUACCCGUUACAAAUUUUUUAAACGUGUUAAUGUGAAAUUUUUUGACCCUCUUAACCUAAAGUUAUAAUUACGCCUCGAGUAAGAAUAAUUUUUUGAAGAGCUUCAAAGUAAUUUAUUUUUCGUUUUACGUGUUAUAAGGAAUUUAUACUUUAAGAUUGCAUUUUAUCCUUUUUUCUUUUUCU